CGUUCGUGCCUGGCAAGCUGAAAUCGAAGGGGUAGCAAAAAUAAAUAAAACGUUGAAAUUUCCACUGAGAAAAAUUGAUUAAUCUUGAAAAUUCUUGCUUACUUUCAUCUACCCGAAUAUUAAAAAUAAAUUCCUAGCUAUAACCCCCCCCCCCUGCCUCUAGCAUAGCGCGUUGGUUCGAUUUUUAGGAAAUAGAAGAAUAUUUCGUGUGAAAGAGCAGUGAAUUAAAUGAAGGGAAAGGGAUUGUCGAGAGAUUGUUCUUGGCGUAGAACUCGAACAGGGAAGAAAACGAUAAGGGGCCGUGAAGGUCAAGGGAGUCUUGAUAAUAUUGUUGUGAUUGAUGUUGAUAGUGAUGAGUUUGAAAACGUUAUUAUCGUAGAUGUUCCAGAGUCUUCACAACAGAAGCUAAGAGGUUCUAGUGCUGCUAGAGAAGGAAGAAGAUCUCCAUGCAUAAUAAGCGUUGAUGAUGAUGAUGAUGAUGGCGACGACGAAGACGAAGACGAUGAAGAAGAAGAAGAUGAAUGUUAUACAGUGGAUGAUCAUGAAAUUAAUGAGCAAGUUGAUGGUAACUUGGAUAGUGAUGGCACUUCUAGUGCAAGCAGUCCUGCCUCUGAUCAUAUCGAGAAACCUGUUCACAGGGCUGCUGAUGGUUGUCGAGUUGCUGAGGAGAAUAGACCUGUGUUCAAGCUGAGAAAGUGCAAUAGAACUUAUCCUGAGAAAGCUACCUCUAGAAAUCGUUAUGGUUUAGAUUCAGAUGCUGAGAAAGCUACCUCUAGAAAUCGUUAUGGUUUAGAUUCAGAUGCUGAGAGUGAUUCGUCUGAAGAUAAUACCUCUGAUUGUGAAGUUAUGGAAGGUUCUUUUGGAGAGGUUCGUGAACAGUGGGAAAAGGCUUCCCUAAAGAGAAAAUCCAUGCGCUGUAAAGGUCUGGAUGAUCAGGCUAGUCCAUGCAGUUCUCACAGUGAUGUUCAUCCAAAUGUUGAAGUAGAAAACAAGACCAAACAAAAUUCAGAACCUGCUGUUUGCUCUAGUUCAAAAAAUGCAAAUUUUGGGAAAGUAAACUCUUGUGCCUCCAAUGAUGCUGGGGAUGGAGUUUUAGGUGGUUUUCCUGCCAGUGCCAAGAUGGGAAACCCUUCUGCAAAAUGUAAUCAGAAAGGCAAAAGCUUUUCAGGGUCAUGGAAAUCGAGAGCAGAUGAGAAUAUUCAUUUUCAUUGGACUGGUGAUGAUCUUUUUGGAGGAGAGACAUUCACAGGUGAUGGUGAUAUUUCCUGUAACAAGUGUCGAACUGUAAAUGGCCCUGGCAGUAAGGUUCCUCCAGGACCUUCUUCACAGUCCUAUCAAGUUAAGGAUGAUAAACAAUAUCAUGAUAGAACUUGUUUUCAUGAUAUGGAACAAAACACCACGACAGAUCAUUCUUUUCCAAAUACCCAAAGAGGGCCUAGCUUGUACUCAGAUGAUGGGAAAGCAAGUUAUUUGAAUGUCAAUAACUCUUUGCCUGAUGGUCACCAUUUUGAUGAGAUACAUAAUGUUAAUAACAGUCAAAUUGGUUCAAAGGAUGAAGGUAAAGAAUUUACUCAGGUGCCAUCUAGUUGCAAGACUUGUUCUAAUGAUGGAAGAUGCAGAGAGAAGUUUGUGUCUUGCACUCAAUCAUCUGAGGAUAAAGUGGUUGAAAAUGUUGUAGCUCCCUCAUGGAUUACAAAAGAAGUCAGUGAUGAGAAAUCUGAUCACAAUGAAAGAGCUCCUGGGGAAAAGUCUUCACAAUGUCAUGACACACUAAGUAAGCGAGGGAUAUCAAAUUCUGCAGAAGGAAAGGAGGCGUUUACUGAUUUUGCAUCCAGCAGUCAACUUUGUUAUGAAAGGGACCCAUUAUGUGCUUCACAUGGUGAUCUUUUGCUUUCUGCCGAAAGAGAUAUAAUCAAUGAGCGAGAAAAGCUCAAGGAGACUGAUGAAUACAAGCAAGCAAUAGAAGAAGAAUGGGCUGCUAGACAGCGACAGCUACAGAUUCAGGCAGAAGAGGUUCGGAGAUUGCGGAAGAGAAGAAAAGCUGAAACUUUGCGUAUUCUGGACAUGGAGAGAAGGCAAAAACAGCGCUUGGAAGAAGUGAGAGAGACACAAAAGAAGGACGAGGAGAAUUUGAACAUGAAAGAGAGAUUUCGUGUCAAAGUAAGGAAGGAGCUUUAUAGAUUGGAGGUUACAUGCUUUAACAUGGCAUCAUUACUUCGUGGCUUGGGAAUCCAUGUAGAAGGUGGCUUAAAACCCUUGCCAAACCAGGUGCAUGCAGCUUAUAAGCGAGCCUUGCUAAAAUUACAUCCUGACCGUGCAUCAAAAACUGACAUUCGUCAGCAGGUUGAGGCUGAGGAAAAAUUUAAGCUUAUUUCUCGCAUGAAGGAGAAAUUUUUGUCCACUUCAUAUCACUGAGUUGCAAUAAAAGCUUUUUUACAUCCAAAGCUUGGUGCAUGUAUGUCAGCAAGAUGGACCUGGUGUUUAGCUUUGAUGGAAUGAUAUGGACUUGAGAUGAAGUGUUUAAGUGAUGCCAUCGGGACUGAGGUAGAUCUUUGAUUCAUUUUUUACAAUGUAAAAUAAAAGAUCAGCUUGUUAAACUAAAUGUGUUUAUGAUUCAAUUUGUGUUGAAAAUAUUAUACUUUCUGUAGCACCUAACAGUUUACACUGUUGUGCAAGGAAAUUAAACAAACAGUCGGAAGUGUUACCAUAUAGUAAGUUAAAUAAACGUAAACUUAUGUAUUGGUAUCUGGAAAAUCAGGAGUUGCAAAUGUAGGAUAAAU